AUGGAGACUAUGAAAUACAUUCUCUACGAGAUCUGCAUCCCUACCAUCAUGGUCAUGUGCAUCUUCGCCGCUCUCCUCAACAUAAUGGUCUUCUCAUCUCGAUUCCACGUCAAAUCACGGACGUCCUCGCUCGAACUCACCUACUCUCUCGCUCUUUCGGACACUUGGACGAGCUUCGUGAUCGCGCUCUCGCUCUUCUGGAACAGUUACAAACCGGUGGUGCUCCAGUGGCCGCACAACACCUACUGCUUUCCGCUGACACUUGAAGUGAGUUAGUGCUCCGUGGUGUGCUCGCUGAGCCGUGCGCCAAAAUGAUCUUCAUCAGAGCAACAGCUCAUCCAAUCAAACGCAACACUGCGCAUCCGCAUCAAUUUCGGUGAAUUGGAUGACGUGUAGUUUAGUAAAAAAAAAACGGGGAGAACAAUGAGAGAUGUUUCUUGAGUGGAUUUGAUGAAUUAAAAUGGAGAAUGAGACGGACAGAGUUGCAUUUGAUGAUGUAAGGUCUGACUCAUUGCUCUUCGAUUGCAGGCGUUCCGUACCGGCGGUCUUCUCACCGGCAUCUUCCACCUCGUGGCCCUCGCUUUCACCCAUUACAUGACCAUCAAGCGCCCUUUCGAUCACCACAAAGUGCUUCCCCUCCGAACUAUCCAUAUUGUCAUCUUUUUCAUGUGGGCCACUCCUCCAUUGGCUCUCAUGAUCUACUUUGCCAGCUGGCAAGAACAAGGCUACCGGUAAUUCAUUCCCUCGUUUCUCUUUCACUUCUUUGUUUAUAGCAACGAGAAGUGCAUGGGCAUCAGUUUCUACGAGAAUUUCUUCUUCCGCGCCAUCAUCUCCCUCAUUAUCGUCAUUCUGAUCAUCACAACCACCAUCUUCUACAUCAGAAUGUUACAAAAGAUAAGCGAGGUAAUCACUGGCUGCACACGUCACAAUGCCUCAUUCGGAGACUCAUUUCAGGUGCGCAACAAGACAGUCGGCGCCGCGCCGGGAGCGUCAGCCAGGGGACGGAGGACGGUUGUGACUGCGGUGCUGAUCUUCGGAACCUUUUUGUUCGGAUGGAUGCCCGCCAGCAUCCUCUACAUUCUGACGGCGGAGGACAUGCCUCUCUACAAGAAACAGAGCGUCUUCAUCACGGUUCUCUCGAUUGUCGUGCUCGUCAACAUCAUGGCGAAGACGAUAACGAACCCGAUAAUCUAUGCGACCAGGUACUAGAUACUUUCUUUCAUUUCCUCCCCGCUUAACUCAAAUUCACACUUUUUCAGAAUCCCGGAAAUCCGGCAGUACGUGACCCAGAAGUUGUUCUGGCGGGUCGUGCCUGGCGACGUCGCCAGGCGGCAAAGUGAGCUGGAGCCGCUGAGAACGAGGUGCUCGCAGGGGAACACGCAUUCAGUCAUGCUCUGA